UAAAUAGCCUGGUUCUUUCGUGUUGGUUUGGCAGGGGCAUACACACAACACACACACGCACAUACUCGGGAAUCAAGAGAAAAACUAUCAAAAGAUGAAACGAAAGAGAUGUGAGAUGGAAGAGGCAACGAAGAAAAAGAAGAUAACAGAGAUUGGAUCCGCCAUUGAAGAACUCUCUGUUCUUUCUAUCGCCAAGACCACAAUAGUUACUACCGAAACAGAAGCCACCAACAUCAUCAAUCUACCAUUAAAGCCUCUCCUCUCAUUUUGCAAAUUAAUCAUCCAAAUAAGAUUGGCCCGACAAUGGCUGUUCUCCGACAAGACAUUGAUCAAAAUAUCCAAGUAA